GCUUAUCUGAAAUCUAUUCACACUCUUCGCUGGUUUCCUCUUCCCUCCCAGUGUGCCGGGAGUGUUGAUCCAAGGCCGCGGUUUAAUCCGCAAUUCUCUCUCUUCGUACUUAUCAUGAUCCCCCUUAUGCUCCGUAGGAUCCUUCUCUUUUCUGCCUGUUUCCGUGAUUUCACUGCAUCGCUGCCGCCGUAUCCGUGCUACUCAAGACGUUGUUCUACACUCUGCCUCAAGCCUUUGGUAGAACAUAUACACCAGCCUUACUGA